AUGGCUCGGCGCCAUGAUUCGAUCGACUCGCCUCCUCGUUAUGACGAUUGCGAGAAUGGCUCUUCGCAACUUCCAGAGUACACUUGCUCGGUGUUACUGGUGGCACCGUUGUUGCUCAAGUGCGAAUUCGAUACACCAUUCAACCCUUCUCUUGUCCGCAACUGGGAGAGAGUCAUCGCUAUCCUUCGUGGCACCAAGCUGGAAUUUCGAAAGAAAGGUCGUAGGGUUACGUUUGGCCUCCAGUCAGCCGAAGUGGGGCUUGCUCUUGAUUAUCGUCGCCGAUCCAAUGUCAUUCGCGUGCGAGCUGAGGGUUACCAAUUCCUCCUUGCUAUGCCUUCCCUUGCCGAAAGCCUGAGAUGGAUCGAGGGCAUUUCAAUCAGCGUCACAAUCAGCGAUCCGAUCGAGGAGCGCAGUGAUCGCGUGCUAAGGACUUUCCCCCGGAGGAAACCGUUUGAUCCCAGCAUCGAUUCAUGGGAUGAUUUUCGCCGUCGAUGGCGCGAAGUCCGUCGAAGAUCAAGCAAGCAGCAGCGCUGGCUGAGAGGCGAGCCUAAGGAUAUGAAGAAGCGUAGCAUCGGGUCGGCUUUGAAAGAUCCUGAAGCUUUCCUGCUGAUCGUGCUAUCGGGACUGAGGAAGGCGGGCUCACUUCGAUCCUGCACCCCUCGGACAGUGGAAGCGGUGGAAAUAAUGGACAAAGCUUGUGUGAAGAAUGAACACGAUCGACCAAAGCCGCUGGAAGCUUGCUCCGUGCAGCCUGGGAAGGAGGAUAUAAAUUCUGUAAAUGGAAGCAGGAUGGGACAGACUGGCGCUGUGGUGCAUGUAGAUUCUGAGCUCGACUAUGCAAAGCGCUGCGCUCCACGCGGUAUUAUCGCGACGGGAUAA